AUGUGGUCUGAUGGUAAAGAGCACCAUGUUUACGCCAGUUAUUCUUCAUCAGGAGUUUUAAUCAAAGAAGAUGAGCAGAAGACAAUCGCUGUUGCCAGAAAGCCACAUUUGAGAGUGUGGGUUAAAGAAUGGGGAAUGGAAUUUCUGAGCACUGGAAAGGGUUGUGGGGGGCGAAGGGGGAGGGCGGUGAAAAUCAGAAAGCAAGAGAAAUACUUCAUUAUGUUAAUGCAAAAAGGAAAAAGAAGCAUAAGUGUAUUUUUGAAGAGGCUUUGGGUAAUUGAGAACUUAUUAAGGAGUUUGGGAGUUUAA